AUGAACGGCACCGAAAUUUUGAUUUGUCAAAUAAAGUCUCUAAACAGACCCGCUCACGCCGCAACCUCGCCAUCGCCGCUUCGUAAGUCUUCAGCUUCACGCCGUGUGCCCGCUGCAAGACCACGACAUAGCGGCAUCGUCAGUCGGCUAUCGUCCGCCUCAAUUACUGUCCCGUCCCUAUCUCUCGCCCCUCUCCUUCUCUGGCCCUCUUCCGUCACCGGCCUGCCUCUUUGUCCGUCCGUGCCUAUCUCUCGUCCUCCUCCGUCGUCGGCCCGUCUCCAUCGCAACUUUCAAAGGGCAACACAUUUGGAGUCCCGCGAGAGAUCGAACAUAAUAGAGACCCUUCCAAUGGAGGACUCGUCACUGCAAAGCUUAACCCUAAAUCCAUCCGACGCAGCUUUUUCUUUCCCGCCACACCGUCGCCGGCCACUUCGUAGCCGGACCUUUUGUGCCCUCGUUGGAAUUAUCACGAACACCCACAAGCUGCGAAUCCAAGGUGAUGGUGGAGCACUUGAAGUAAGAUCGGUGAGGGAAGAAGAUGGAGCAACAAUUUCCAAUGAGGAUGUUCAUUCAGAGGCUGCCGUAAUUCCACUUCCUGUUUGCAAGCAGCAGUCAGAGGAUACGCUAGUUAGAGAGACGAGUAUUAGUGAGAAAAAGGUUACGAGCUUUCAGUAUGGUGAUUCGGAACGUAAUCAAGCGACAACACCCGAAUUGGAUCACGGGAGCUUGGGGACGGAUGGCAGACGCGAAGUUGCUCCAGAAAAUAGUGUUAGCAACGAGAACCUGUCUAUCGUUGUGAACCAAACGUCUGGCUGUGCCAUUCAAGUUUCCAAGGAGCAAGAAGAAAAUGCAUCAAAAGAUGUUCUUGGUCAUCACAUGGAAAACUUAGUUGCUUUGGAAGAGCUCCAAGUGGACGAAGAAUUCUCUGUAGCCGAUUAUUCCGAUGUUCUGGACUCUUGUUUUGGCGUGGAUAUGACAAUUGAAUCAUCAAAAACUGUCUUGGAGGAGAAUAUGUCUAAAGAAACCGAGCAUGAACUGCAGCUGAAGGAGAUGGAACUGGAAAAACUCAUAAACUUUCAAAAUGCUGAUCAUGAGUUUGAAGAAGGGGAAAUCUCUGGGGAAGUUGGGGUUGCUGAUGUGUCUUUUCAUGAAGAACCGUCAUUAGUAGGAGAUAGAACUGUAGAAAUAGUGCACGCGUCUGAGGAUGUUCUUGAUAAAGAAGAAUCUAUGAGCACUGAAGAAUAUAACAGAGGUUUUCGGCAACAUCAAGCGCCUGAUCCUUUACUGGCCAGAACGGUGAAUAGUGACUAUAACUCUGUGAACAUAAGAAGCCGACAAAUUGCUGGAGUGAUGCAGGGGAAGGCUGCUGAAAGCCAAAUGUGUGCUACUGUUGAAAAGGAUGGCGAUGGCAAAAGAAAGAAAAGGAAAAAUGGUCCUUUGACCGAGGAAAAAAGAGCUAAGAAAAAGAGAAAGGAUAGACUUAAAAGAGCUGAAAAGAACAGAAAACUUGGGGUUAAAAGAUUAAAACUGCAACCUGUUAAGAAGCAAAAGACAAUAACAUAUUGCCGCCACUUUCUACACGGGAGAUGCCAUGAGGGGGAGAAGUGCAAGUUCUCUCAUGAUACAGUUCCCUUGACCAAGUCUAAGCCAUGUGGUCAUUUUGCCCGUCACUCUUGCAUGAAAGGAGACGAUUGUCCAUAUGAUCAUCAACUUUCCAAGUACCCAUGCAACAAUUAUACCACCAACGGUUUUUGCAGCAGAGGCUCCGACUGUUUAUUCUCACAUGAGGUGCCAGCACAAACUCCCUCCAAAGCAUCCGCAUUGUCUUCAAAAGUCAACCACCUCGAAGUCAACUUCUUGUCCUCACCAAAUAACUCAAACCCGAGCAAGCACACAGAUGAUAAUCGCGGUAAGAGCUUAGAAUUAGAACUGCCUUUUGCAAGGACCGUCCCAAAGACUACUACCACUGCUCGACAGGCUCCGAAAGGGAUUAGCUUUAUUUCUAACGUGAGGACUUCACUUGGUGGCACCACGAACAGGGAUGUUGUUAUUGCCAGUUGCUCAAACGAGCCCAAUGAAAAACCUGAGAGCGUACCUCAAAAAAAACCCCGGGGAAUAAACUUUCUCUCCUUUGCCCAACCUACUGCUACUACUACUUCAAUUGACAAUUCAAGUAGCAACAAUAUAUUGUCUAAGUUACUUCCAAGUUGCAGUCCCGAAACAAGAAAAUCCAUUAUGGCUGGUCUAGGCGAGAGUAAAGCCGUUUGCUCGUCACUGGACAGUGUUGGAGUUUCGAAAGUUAAUAAUAAUGCACAAAUGAACAAAAGUUUCACGAGCAGCCCGAGUGAGAAGGUCGAUGGAAAUUUCUCAUCUUUACCGAGCAAGCUUUCCGUUGGUGGGCAGACUGCAAAUACUUCAGUCUCUUUCAGGACGCCAUUUUUGUCCAAUACACCCAGCUCAGUGCAAAAGGCUGUCCAGUCAACAUUAGCGUUUGCGGCAAACGGGAUUAGAGUCGCGGGCGACCGCCAUUUCCAGAAUUUCAAAGCUCUGUGCAGAGAAAAUUUCAAGCUCUGUUUAGAAGAAGCUGCUCGUAGUUGCCAGUUUCAGGAAAAUAGUUGGAAAGUUUACUUAUUGAAUUUUUCUUCAUCACAUUUCGAGUACAAUGACUGA